AUGAAGGACAAGGUGAAAUCUGAUAAGAAGCCUUCGACUGGAAACGUCCAACAAUCCACUACCUCUUGUUGCUCAUUCGGUAAAAAAUAUAAGUCAAAGAAAUCAGAUGAAGACGUUCAGAGGAAGCUGCAAAGCAGGAAGCUGGAAGCAAAAGAUAAAUCAAAGGCGGCCGAUGAUUCAAAAAAGAAAUCUUUGAAGGAUAAGGCCAACGGAAAAGUAGAUAAGAAACCUUCCAGUAGAAAAGUCCAGAGGAAACAAUCCCCUACAUCCUGUUGCUCGUUUGGAACAAAGAAUAAAACAAAGAAGACUGAUGGGUCCGAACAGAAGCCCAUGAAGGACAAGGCAAAAUCUGAUAAGAAGGCUUCGACUGGAAACGUCCAGAACAAACAAUCCACUACCUCUUGUUGCUCAUUUGGUAAAAAGGACAAGCCAAUGGAGACUGAUGAUUCUAAAAAGAAGCCCUCGCGUUGCUCAUUUAGUAAAAAAGAUAAGACCAAGCAGGACGAUGAUUCGAAAAAGAAACCCUCGAAGAAGAAAGAAUUUACUACAUCUUGUUGCUCGUUCGCAGCAAAAGAUAAACCAAAUGAAUCAAAGGAUUCUAAAAAGAAAAAUGACAAGGACAGUAAAACCAAAAGCCAGGAAAUGGUUCCAAAGAAAUCUCCCGCAGCCUCGUGUUGUUCCAAAGGCAAUAAGGAUAAGUCCAAAAAGCGCCCGCUAGAUGAAAAUAAAGAAAAGCCUCAGAAGAAAUCAUCUACAUCGUCGGGUUGCUCAUUUAGGAAAAAUGAUAAGAAAAAUGAAGCCGAUGGCUAUAAAAAGAAGCCAUUGUGUAGCUGGUUCUGUAAAAAGGAUAAGUCUAAGAAAAAAGACGGUUCUUCAACUUCUUCGUGUUGUCCUGUGGGGAGCAUAGAUAAGUCUAAAAAGACUCCUCCAAAGGUUAAGAGCCAAGAAAAAGUGCAAAAGAAACCAACCACCAUAUCUUGUUGCUCAGUCGGUAGAAAGGAAGAACAUAAAAAGAUAGACGAUUUCAAAGAAACCCCACUCAAAGCUCAAAAGCAAGAAAAAGUUCAAAAGAAAUCAUCUACUGCAUCAUGUUGCCCCAAGAAUAAAAAGCCAAAGAAACCGGCUGAUUCGAAUAGGAAACCGCCAAAAGCUGACAGUCGGGAAAAAGUGCAGAAGAAGUCGUCCUCUACGUCGUGCUGUCUAAAGUCCAAAACACCAUCGAAGUCUGCCGAUCCACAUAGGAAAUCAUCUCAAACAACUUGCUGGGGAAGUGGUAGCAGGGAUAAACCGAAAAAAUUGGAAGACUCUAAGAGAAAACCAACAAAGUCCCAAAACAAAGCAAAAGUCCAGCCGACGUCAUCCCAAACAACCCGUUCGUGUUGCAGGGGCAGAGAAAAGGAAGAACGCGACGUUAAAAGCAAAAACAAGAAGUCAGUCAGCAAAACAUCACAAAAGUCAUUUUGUUCAUGCUGCGUAUCACCCGACGAAAGAACGCAAACGCCUGCAAGAACUAACGACAGGACGAAGGAGAAGCAAACAAAGCCGCUACCCAAAAACAACCAAUCACAGUCAUCCUUCUGGUCAUGCUGUACAAGCGUUAGUACGCGGAAAAAAUCUAAAGACCGGCAAAGUGAAGACCCGAUACAAAGACAGAAGGGUAACAGAAAGAAAACAGCACAUCAAGUAGAGAUGCCACCAAACUUCUCAUACUGCGAAGCGCUCUAUAAUGAAUUAGAAAACCUAGUCAUGCAAAAUCAGUGUCCAAAACAAAUUUCACAAGCACAAAAGAGGAAGGAACCCGCAAAAGAGGACACGAAAUCCAAAGGCAGUUCUUCUUGCUUUCAACGCAGCAGUUCGAAAAGCGGACAGAACCCAUCCAAGUCAAGUCUAAAAUCUCAAAGUGAAACUACCAGCAAAACGAUGAGAUCUCAAUCAGGAGGAAGAGCUAGCAAAAAAAAAGACAAGGGCAGCAGCGAAGCGAAAGCGCAGGAAGCCUCAAGUUCUACCUCUAAGGACGAUACACAGCGCCGCGGCAAAUCGAAAACACGAAGUUACCGCCACCAAGCUUCCAAUCAGCCACCAACACCGCCAACAUGUCACUCGAGCAGUGAGACAGAUAUCGAAAAGUCCUUUGUAGCUGAGUACAUCCUGGGCAAACCGCACCAACGCGCAAUGUCCUAUGCACAGGCCAGAAACGUGAAACAUUAUAUUAUAUUAUCUUGGGCAGCAGCGCAAAAACAAAGUGUGCUGGGAAUCCUAACAGACCGCCAAAUUUAA